AUGAAUAAACCUUUGUAUAACAAUACAGUAUAUAGCAAAGAUUCAAGAGAUACUGUUAACGAUUGGUCAAGUAAAAAGGUUAGUGAAUGGUUAACAUCAUUAAAAUUUCCCAUAGAAAUCAUUUCAAAUCUCAAAGCUCGUGUAAUAGAUGGAAGAACAUUUCUGACAGUUUACCAAAUGAUGUUUAAUUAA